AACAAAAGUAAAGUUGAAGAAGCUUUCUUAGUUAAUCAGGACUAUUAUAUUUUAUUUAUUUAUUUUAUUUCCUUUAUAUUUCUUAGAAGACCGAUGACAGUGGUUUUAAACUGUAGAGCUAAGGUUGUAAAAUUAAAAACGAAUUUUCAACUAAUUGUCUCCACUUGACUUGAAUAGAGACACAUAAUCAAAGAUGCUUUUUAGAUCACAGCAAUAUGCAUGCUGGAUCAUAGGAAAUUCAACCAAGGCCUAUAGAAAAUGACAUAGGACUACAAAUAUCUAUAUGCAUAAAGUAAACACCGUGAUCAAGUCCUUGGCAAUAAUAAAUUUAACGAGAAAGAGCACCCUAGAAGUUAUUUUUUAAUGAAGACAUUAUUUGAGAGCUUGCACAUUUUAAAUUUUGUGUCAAAAUUUGGUUAAAUAAAAAUUAAUAAAUAACGUAGUUUAUUUGAUUUACUGUUCCUUAAAUGAGGCAUCUUCUGAACAUGUUAUUGAUGCAGUGUCCUGUUGCUUUGCAGAGAUUUGUUUGCUGACACGAGGCAGGAGGACAGCCAGCGUCCGAGCCGACACUUACUGUCGCCUGUACUCACUGUCUGUCGAUAACUUCAAUGAGGUUCUGGAGGAAUAUCCAAUGAUGAGAAGGGCCUUCGAGACUGUUGCGCUGGACAGGCUGGACCGCAUCGGCAAGAAAAAUUCCAUACUGCAGCAUAAGGUGCAACAUGACCUCAGUUCUGGUGUGCUUAACUACCAAGAGAAUGAAAUCAUCCAGCAGAUUGUGCAGCACGACAGGGACAUGGCCCACUGUGCUCACCUCAUGCAGAAUGCCCCACCACAGACACCACCUUCACCAACUCCUGUCAUCUGGGCUCCUCUAAUCCAAGCUCCUCUGCAGGCAGCAGCCGCCACCACCUCCGUCGCAAUCGCUCUGACCCACCACCCCCACCUACCAUCAGCACUCCUAAGACCUCCCGUUUCUGUUCUGGGUUCACUGAGGGAGCCAUCCAACCGACUUCGGAAGUUCCAACCAUUUGUUCCCUCAGCCACAGCAUCUGCUUCUGCAAUGGAUUCCCCCUCUAGCACUCCCUCUAAGUUGCGCAGUGGAGUGGAUAUGCCGUUGCUGACCUCUUUUCGAGCACAGCAAAUUACUUUGGGUUCUGGGGCGACGGGCUCUUUGCAGCAUGCUUCAGGAAGUAAAGACAAGCGAGGAACUAAUGGAAAAAGGUGUGGACCCAGUGAAGGUGGACCUUCUGUCUUCCCCUUUGGUCUAUAUUCGUCAGAUUCACCCUCAACUAGCAUGGCCCAACUACACCAACAACCACUACACCAGCAACCCUUUCGACCCAGCACCCCACCGCUCUCAAACCUCUUCCAUCAGGGAUCAGUAGGUGGAAGCACAGGGUCAAUACUCAGUGGAGGGGCAGUUGGAGCUUGUGGUGGUGCUACAGGAUGGUCUUCAGCUGAAGCAGGUGGUCCAUCUGUUGAAGAAGCCACAGGAGAGGAUACAGACUGGGCUGGGGAGGACUUUACAACUGGAGUGACAGAUAUGACUCAUGGGGGAAAUUUUAGCUUCAAAGGAGGCACCGAAUCAGUACGUGGAAUCUUUGGGGAAACAGUUUUAGGACUCUCUGAGGGAUCACUAGGUCCUGCUUGUGACAGGUUCAUAAGCAGUAAACUGGCUGGACCAUUAGCUGGUUCUGUGUUACAUGACAAAGACAUGGUAUCUAUGGCAGGAACUUCCAGGGUACCAAUAGGAAGAGCUACUAGAGGAUCGGUGGGGGGUAGUUCUAGAGAAUCACUGGUUUUGACAACCACUGGGGGAUCGAUGGGUGUGAUAAAAGAUGUAUCAGUUGGAGUUGUUUCUGGUGUUAAUUCUGGGGCAGCAUUUGAAGGAGUCUGUGAUUCUGCUGUUGCGAACCCCAGAGGAUCAUUAGGAAAAGCUUUUAGCACAUUAACAAGUAGUUUCACAGGAGGAGCCUUAAGUGAGGCAGGGGGACACACUGGAAAAGGAAUGGGAUGUAUGUUGACCAGUCACACCGCAGGAUCUACAGUUAACCCUAGUGGGGCAUCUGGUGGGAUCACAACUGGUCAUAUUAGUUCUUCCCAAUGUCAGAGUCCCAUAUCUACCAGUUUAUCAAUCUCCAUGCCCAGUCAGAUGCUCCAUAGCCAAACACCUCCCAAGCCUUCCCAAGCAGCUCCUCUACAGCAGUUUGCUGGUGGAGGUAGAUCUCACAGUGGCUUAAACGUCCUCCAGAAUCCGCUACAAGGGUCCCCAUCUAGCAGCAGAGGACAGCCCAGUCAACAGGCUACUGAAAGUUCUCCAUCUUCACUCAGCCAAGUCAACCUGACAGGUCUCCAGCCGAGCUGCUUGCCUCAACAGAUGUCCUUAGAGAGGUCUGCAUUGGCAUCUCUAGCCCAGUAUGGCUCAGCAAAUGCCUCUCCCUGCCUUACCCCUGUUGCUCCCAGUCCUACUAUUCAAAGUCCAGUAACAGGUAGGAUUUUCCACUACAGUGACCCGUCAAGUGCCACAGGAUCCCACACUUCUUUGCUUAUGCCUCAAUCCCCUCUACUUUCACAAUUUCCUAGCCAAUCACACACAACUGGGAGAGAUUCACCUCUGGGAUGUUUUUCUGAGGACUUAAAGCAUUUAUCGAGCUCACAUCCAACUCUUCCCCUGGAAGUGGCCCAGGCUUUAGGCCACCAAACUCCUCUCACCUCUGCGGAAUAUUAUCCUUCACCGUUUUCUUCUCCAACUUUUGUGCCCAAACCUUGUAGCUCGGUACCAGGGCAUAUGACUCCUCCAAUACAGACGUCUCCAGGACACCCUCAACAUUCUCAGCUCCCUGGGUCCUCUGUGGCCUUGCCUGCAAGGAGGGGUUCUCCCACGCAUUUGUCGGAUUUGGAAUCGCAAACUGUCCGUUCAAAACUCCCUUCGAACUUGUGAGGAUUGAUCACACCCUCCUGUGCUCCCACAAAAUAAACACAAACUUAUUUUUAUUUGUAGCAUUCUUAUCCGUACUUUACUUCACUGUGUUCCACCUUGCAUUUUACCAAGAUUUUAAAUUUACUGUGACAAAAAAACACACACACUGUUAGCUCAGAGAUCUAGAGUAUUCUUUGUUCAUUAUAUACUGUUGACUGUAUAUAGAUAGAACUAUAUAUUUAAAUGAUGAGUUAAUCAAGGGACAAGGAGGGUGUGAAAGUAGAAGGUCAAUUGUUUUAUUAAUUUCUACGACUAUGCCAAAUGCAUCUGGUGAUAAAUGUAAAGUUCAGAAAAGAACACCACGUUCUUUUUCUACAGGAACUUAUGCACUAACACCUGCAUGUACAUAGGUUAUUUUGUGUGUUUUGAAAUAAGUAUCCACAUUUUAGCAAAGGUGACAUGCUUUGAGACAUGCUGACUCUUGUACCGUCUCAUUUGGGAUCACAUAUUGUUGAUCUUAAAUGUGUUAAUUAGAUUGUACCUAUUUAUUCUCUCUGUAAACUUUGUAAAAGAGAUGGGGAUGAGAUUUUAGCAACCAAAAAGACUUUACAUGAGAAUUAACUAUCCAGCCAUCUGUGGUCCAUUGAUUUAUGUUUUAUAUUAAACCAGUACUGGUUUCUAAAGUUGGGGGUUUUGGUGAGAGUCCCUUCCAUCUCAAUAAGUCACGUCAUUGUAUGAGGGACUGUUUUUUCUUCAGUCAUAUCCUAACAAACUCACUUUGUCUUCCAAGUACAUGCCACUAAUAUUUGUAGAAAGUGUGUUAUUUUCAUUUCUGUCAGUGUGCAGCUGUUAAUGAGUGAAUGUUAAAUUAAGUGUGACAAAGUCAGACAGCCGGAUGCAAGGCGAGAGUUUUCGCUUGACUGAACAAAAGUAAGUUUGCCUUUUUGGACAAAACCAAGGACUUCCACUAACCACUGGUGGUGUGAUGCAUUUUGUAGCACUCAGAAGUAAAAAAAAAAAAUAGACUCAAUGUAUAUAAUAGUCUAACAGUUAAUAAGACAGUUGAUUACAAUGUACACUUUAAAGUUAUUUUGUUCUCCCUACAGGCUUCCAUGAAUAUUCUUUAACCAAGACUUUAAUUUAGUAAUUACUUGUUAGUCAGCACAAAGGCUGACUUAUUUUAGAAGUGUGUACUAUUUGCUGUAUUUCAUUUCUACUAUAUUUCCUUUUUGUAGCUGCUAAAUGGUCUGCAUAGACCUGUUUCCUUACUGAGGGUUGGCAUUGAAUUUAAAAAAUUGAAUGUAUGUCAAUUUACUGAUGCUUAAAGUAUAAACUGUAGCUGUGGUAGAUGCACUGAUGGCAUACUGCCCCAGGGGGAAAAAAGGGACUGUUCUGUAACUGAAAAGGUCAUUGACUCCAUAUCUUAGAAAUAUGUUAUCUACAGCAACCAUUUCUAUUUCCAAAGUGUCCUUUAACAAGACACAGAAGCACUGGCUAAAUUGUUCCUGACACAAUUUGGAGACGUUUCUCGUGAGCUGCCAGCCCACUCUCUACUUCAUCUGUCCCAUACUGUAAAACUGUGCUCCCACUUAGACUUUAGAGGAAAUUGUUCAUUAAUUUUCACAUUUUAUGUAAGAAUCUAAAAAAAAAUCAUUUUAAUUAAUAAAAUAAGGAAGUAUCUGACUCUAUUUGAAGCAAUGCAAACUAAUAAAAGCAUUGCUUUUUCAUUUAACAUGAACAUAAGCAAAUAUCUCAGCAACAGUUUUCUGUUGCUCUUUACAGUUUUAGAGAAGUCCUUCACAAGACCCACAUAGAUACUAGCAGAUAAAUUAUCUGCUGCAUUCACUAGCCUCAAGAAAAGGAGGCUUUGGAUGUCAUAGGUUUGGUUAUAGAAGCGCCCACCUGGCUCACUGUAAGAAUGGUUUAAUUAAAAGCUCGUCAUAUAAAACCAUUGAUUCCAUCUUAAUUGGUAAAAGGUUUCAUGAAGGUGCUGAAUGAAUUAAAGAGAAGAUUUAAAUGUUUUGUUUACACCUGAUCUAAAUUUGUUUUUUACUGUUUAUAGGACAAGUUUUUUUUUCUUUUUGUUUGUUUCUUUGUUGUUUUGUACCUACAUUGAAGUCAUAUCUGGUUACAGUCCAUUGACACGCUCUGAGAGCCUUUAUGUGAUUGGUGAUGCAGCAUGCAAAAAAAAAAAGACUGGUAUCAGUAAGUUCCCAAAGGAGUAGCACCGUGAUAUGAUCUCCAUGUUUUUCUGUAUCUCAUCGCCAAGACAGGCGCAGGUUCCACUUAGACAGCUGAGUCCCCAACUCAGUCGCAGCACUCAGCCACAGCAGCCUAAUUUGACAAGACAUGUUUGUAAUCCCUUGACCCUCACAAACUAUCAGAGACUUGCACACCGAGGUGACCAUGCUGUACCCUCAUUACAGUUGUGUGAAGUCAUUAUAACAAGGUAGGACACCAAAUACACAAAACCACUCAUGACUGCACAAAACUGUAUUUGCAAAUAUACACCAAUUCAAUAUCUGUAUUUGCAAAUACACUCAACUGCUGGAUGAUUCAUACUUUUUUUUUCAUUGCAACAUUUUAAGCUAUAAAAUAAGAAGUAUCCGUAAUUUAAUAAACAAAUCUAUGACUAAUUGAUUUUCCACUUUGUUGGUUACAUCCCAAGCUAGUUUGUAGCUUGUAGUUGUUGCCAAUUAUGUAACUAUAAUCUGAGCACUAAGGGAUGUUCAAUGCAGCUUACUCAUUGGUUACCGAUUAUCAGCCUCCCUUUAUCAUGACUACAUGACUACCUUGGAGUCAUGCAAUUUUUAUAAAACAUCAGUUGGCACUUUUUACCAUUAAUUACUUUGAUCCGUCAAAACUGCUUUAACAAGUGCACCGUAACCCUGCAUGGUCUCAUGUGAUCUGUUAUAACACCCUCACCAUAGACUGUUAGCAGCUGAUGCAUGACGAAACACAGUUAAGGAGUGGACAUGGCAUAAAACUUGUAUUGUGUAUGACAGUGUUGCAUUUUGAGCAGAUUAGGUUCAUUACAUUUACUUCUCUAUUGAGUAAAUCAAUUUUCUCUUUAUCUCCUGCAGAUAAUUUAUACAUUUCCAAUUUUAGAGUCUAAAAAUGUCGUCUCAGCUGUGCUGCAGAAAUUACUACAUCUAAAAAGCUGGAACUUUUCCACAUCUGGAAUUUUGAAUUUAUUUACUCUGCAGGCUAAAUUCCUUUUUCAGAACACAAGUGAAAAGACAUUUUUUUCCAUCAGUACAACCUUAUUCAGGCAUGGAUCUCGAGAACAGUUUCAAACCAGUCUCUGCGACAAAGGUGUAAAUGUGAAGAGACGCUGAUGCGGCAAGAGAAUGAUGCGGUUGGACGUCGAUCACGGGGGGGGGGACAGGUACACAGGCGUGAGAUCCAGGGACAGGCUUCGUUUGGCAUCUUUUCACCGUCCUUAUGAGUGUUCCUGAGUUUUGCAGAUGUUAUUCAGUGGGAUAUUGAUUGGACAGAUAUGAGGCAGAGCUUUGUUAUGUAGCUAACAAUGGGUGUUUGUGUGUGAUACACCACCUGUCAGGGUCGAUGGGUGAGCCGCAACGCUGUUGGAAAAGUUAGGGCGGAGGAGGCGGAGGUCAAAUUCUACAGGAGGAAAACAGACAAGGAUUGAUUAGUCUUUCUGAACGCAGUAUGGUCUAUAAUCACAAAUGAGCAGUUUAGAUGAAGGGGUGGGCGGACAGACUGUUAGCUAACUCUGUUACAGCUGACACAUAGAGCACAAUCUGCAGACGUUUCAUUCAGGCCGGUGUCAUUUCAUUAAGAAAAGCACCAGAUUUUAAUGACACUGAGGGAAGAAAUUCUUGACUGAUGACAGUGUAGCUUUGAAACAAUGCACUGGGGAUGAGAUGAAAGUUUAUAAUCCUCACGCCCAUGAUAUAUUUGUAACCCACACAAGGCCAUGUAAUCCUUUAUUCCAAAUAAAGAUUUAAAAACAGCCAAAAUUGGAAUAACAAGAUUUUCACCUAACAGCAAUGUUUACUCUUCAAGCGGAUUUUUUAUUCAGCCUAUUUGCCACAGCUGCAUAUGCAACAGAAUGCAUCGGAGAGACAGUGUCUUUCAUAAGAGUCAGCAGGGAAUUAGAUAAGGAGGCUUACAAACUUUGGAUUUUUGAGAGAGACAAAUCAAGAAAAACAAUGGUGACUCACUGUCUCAUGCAGAGAACUGUUUCCAUUAUGUCUCCUCUUCUCACCCACCUUUACAUGGCAAGCAGAUCUCUGUUUGAAAACAUCUCUAAGGGGCAUCUAAUUGAUUGGUUCUGUCCAAAUUUUCCAAACUUCACCCUUUGAAAACACUAUAGAAGAAAACUAUUUAAAAGUACCUUUAUAGUUUUUGUUCCCCAGUUUUUAAAAAUGUAUGUUUGAGUUAAUUGUUUCAGUUCAAAGACCCAUCCAACAUGUUCUUGUGGCAUUUUUCCCAUGAUGAAGAACAUAGAUAAAGAAAAUUAAGCUCAAAAUUGAAUUUCUGAGUAUUUCUUUAUUCAAAUCAUUGUGAAUCAGGAACAGACGGAAAAAAUGCAGUUGGAAAAAACUUGUAGCAGUGACGUAGAAGCUACUACGACAAGCUACGCGCUCUGCUCGAUUCUGAUGCACCUGUUUGUAGACCACUAGAUCCACGUAUGUCGUUGUUUUCCUCGUCCGAACUGGCAUCUGCAUCCAAACUGUUUGGAUGGAUGGUUCUAAUAUUGCUCCCCAUUUUUGUUGUUCCGGUAAUGCUAGGUUGGGAUUUUGAUGGCCUGUAAGCUAGCUGGAGAGUAUG